AUGGGUUGUAAGCCAUUGGAGAAGCCAAAGCAGAAGCACAGGAAGGGCUUAUGGUCACCAGAUGAAGACCUAAAACUUAGAAAUUACAUUGUCAAGCAUGGCCAUGGCUGCUGGAGCUCUGUGCCCAUCAACGCCGGUUUGCAAAGAAAUGGAAAGAGUUGCAGACUGCGGUGGAUUAAUUAUCUAAGGCCAGGACUAAAGAGAGGGACGUUUACCAUUCAAGAAGAGGAGACAACCCUGACCCUUCAUGGCAUGUUAGGCAACAAGUGGUCUCAGAUAGCACAGCAUUUGCCUGGAAGAACUGAUAAUGAAAUAAAGAACUAUUGGCAUUCUUAUCUGAAGAAAAAAGUGGCAAAAGCCGAAGAGAUUGAAACUCAGAAUGAAUGUAGACACACAAGUCCAAACAUGGAAGACAUGAACAGUUCAGUUUUUUCCCUGAAUUCAACCAUCAGAAAUCCAAGUCUGGAAUCAUUUGAACAUAUGGAAGGAUCAUCAACAAAUACAGAUCAAUCUGUAUCACAGUUUUUUGACUUUCCAAAAGAAUCUCGCCAAAGCAGUUUACCAAAGCUAAUGUUUGCCGAGUGGUUGUCAAUGGAUGAAUUUCAUAGCCAGGAGUCCGUUAAUUCAAGCAAUCGAGCAGUUUCAAAGGAUAAUCUUAACUAUGAUUUACAGUUCCAUAAUUCUUUUACGUAUGGUUCAUUGCAAGAUGAAGUGACGUUCUGCAGCGACGUAAACCAAGGGAUAAGCAGUGGUUCUGUUGAUGAUAUGUUUCAUCCACAACUGAAAUUCGAGGAUCAGAUUUCAGAAAGCGGUUUCUUUGAUUUAAUCUCAGGGGAUUUUGAAAUGAACAAUGAUGUAAUGUACAUAUGA